AUGGAAGGGUUUUAUGGCGACACAAUGCCUGAACGAAAGCAGAUAAACCCCGGUUACCAAGUUGGAACUGAUUUCAUCAGCAAUAAUCUUGUUAGGGGAAUCGAUUUUGCCACCAUACAUGCAUAUCCUGAUCAAUGGUUGUCUGGACAAAAUGAAGAGUCACAAAUGGCAUUUGUGCAAAGAUGGAUGUGGAGUCAUUACCAGGAUUCAAAAACUAUCCUUAAGAAACCACUUGUGAUUGCUGAAUUUGGGAAGUCUAGCAAAGAUCCAGAAUAUAACAUUAACAAAAGGGACUCGUACUUGAAUGCUGUUUAUAGAAACAUUUAUAUGAUGGCCAGAACUGGAGGAACCGUUGGUGGUGGUUUAGUGUGGCAGCUUAUGGCGGAUGGAAUGGCUUCUUACUGCGAUGGAUAUGAAAUAACCUUGUCAGAAAAUCCAUCAACAAGCAACAUCAUUUCUCAGCAAUCUCAAGCCAUGAGCACGCUAACUCAUUUGCUAAGAAUUGCAUCGGAAAAUGUUCCAUCGGGAAAAAAUCAUAAUCUCCAACUUGAUCAUAUUAAAGGUCGUUCUUCUAAGACAAACCAUCAUGGUCGUCGUCAUCAUCAGCAUACUCACAACCAAAAGGCAAUGCCUUGA